AACAAUAAACGUCAAGUUUCUUCAAAGUAAGGUUAAGUGUACUAGUUAAAGCUAUAAAUUGAAAUUUAGAAUAAUAGAAUGUGAAAAAUAUAAAUCAAGUGUAAAAUAAUCAUUCACAAUUCUAAAAAAUAAACUGAUUCGUAAUAAACUUCGUAAAUUUCCAGAAAAACAAAUUAAUACGGGGUACUAACCUUACAAUCUUUAUAUUAUAUGUCGUCUCCGGAUAAUAUAUUUAAUCCAAAUGAUUGAUAUUUUAAUCAUUUCACUAAAAAACACUAUUUAUUUGACUCAAAAUGAAAACUAUCCUGUUAUUUUCGGCUUUAUGCCUCAUCGGUCAGAAAGUUAACGCAUGGGGAGGUCUCUUUAACAGAUUUUCACCCGAAGUACUUGCUAAUUUGGGAUACGGAGGACAUGGUGGUGGAGGAUUUUUGCGAAACGAAGGCGAAGAAAAUAUUUUAGAUGAAUACAUCAACGAAAACAAUGAAGAGGAUCCCUGUUACCAGAAACGUUGUUCUUCUAACGAAUAUUGUUGCCCAGGACAAAUAUGCGUUGACGUAGACGGAAUUAUCGGUACAUGUAUUAACUUCUUCGGUCGAAGAGUUGGGGAAUUAUGUAGAAGAGACGCGGAUUGUGAAUCGGGAUUGGUUUGUGCGGAAGCGGAAGCUGGAGUAUCGACGCGAGUCUGUAGGCCGCCGGUUCAUCAAGACAAGCAAUAUUCCGAACCAUGUAAUAUGUCCAACGAAUGCGAUAUUUCCAGGGGACUCUGCUGCCAGCUGCAAAGACGUCACCGACAGGCUCCAAGAAGGGUUUGUUCCUACUUCAAAGAUCCUCUUAUCUGCAUUGGCCCGGUAGCAUCAGAUCAGAUAAAAAAUACUGUACAACACACGGCUGGUGAAAAGAGACUCACCGGCUUAGGUACAUUCAAGAGGCCCUUGCACUAAAUACUUACCGAGUAAAUAUAAUCCCUUCAAGAAAAAAAAAUAACUAUACAUAAUUUACAGUUCAAAUUGAUGAUUUUAUUUGUUUAUGUGACGGACUGACUUGACAUUACGAAACUUACAAAUCUUCUAAUUUGCAAAUUCACAAGUUUCGUAAGUCUACAUGUUUCUCAGUGUAAUUGAAACUUGAUACGAAUUACUGCGACUAAAUAUAGAGUGAAAAGUUCGAGCCCUCCAAAGUACUUCGUAUCAAGUAAUUUUUAUUAGUGUACACAAAUUGUCUAUUAAAAAACGUCAAAUGUCAAACGUCAGGCUUCAAAAAAAAUCAAAAAUUCACUUGUGAUGAUUUUAUAAUUUUACAAAAAAAAAUCAAUAUCUCAAAUUACUUCAUUGAAUUAGUCUCUUUAUCUAAAUAACAACGUAGAACCACGAUGGAAAUAUCUACAAUUAAAUGAUUGAUAAAAUUGUAUAGAGUUGAGUUGGGAAGUAACACGACCGUUCCAAAAAAAACCGUGAUUCACUAACUGUUUUGGUUACAGGUUGAAAAAAUCACGAUAAGAACAUAUCGUCAUAUCUCCAAAUUUUCUUCCGGGGUAGUAUUUUACGUGAAACAUCCUGUAUUAGGGUGGAAUGGCGUUAAGUUGGAACUGAUUCUUUCAGUUACUUGAUGUUUUGAUUUUAAAAUGAAACUAUGACAAAAUCACGGUAUGAACAUCCCGUCACACCUCUACACUUUCUUCUGGAGGAGUUAUUGGUGAUAAAACACUCUGUAUCGACAUGAACAUGGCGUUUUAUUUAUUUGUUGAUACUAGUUCAUUCGUUAUUUGAAAUUUGUAGUCCAAAAAAGAUACUGUGAUGAAAUCAUGGUAUGGAAUAUCAUCACAUCUCUAAACUAUCGUGCAAAACCAUAGGUAGAGAUGGAAGUGGUAUUUGUAUUCGUUUUUUGGAACAAAUUUUUACGAUUACUUGAUAUUUGUAGUCCAAAAAAGAUAUUGUGACGAAAUUACGGUAUAGAAUAUCGUCACAUCUCCAAAAUUGCUCCUUGGAGAGUAUUAUUGGUGAAAAACUUUGUGUUGAGAUGGAAAUGACGGUUUUAUCCGAUUUAGGAUAUAUUUGUAGUCCAAAAAAGAGACUGUGACGAAAUUAUGGUGUGAACAUAUCGUCACAUCUAUAAACUUUCUCUUAUAGAAAGUAUUAUUGGUAAAACGUCCUGGAUUUGGAAGAAAAUAAAGUUUUCAUAGGUUUUUUGGAUUUAGUUUCUUCAAUUACUAGAUAUUUGUAGUUCCAAAAAGAUACAGUGAACAAAAUCACGAUAUGAACAUAUCGUCACAUCUCUAAACUCUCUUUUGGAGUGAAUAUUAUCGGUGCAACAUCGUAGAUAGAAAUGGAAAUGACGGUUUUGGAAAAAGUUGAUACGAUUACAUCAUAUUUGUACUUCCAAAAAGAUACAGUUACAAAAUCACAAUAUGAACAUAUCGUCACAUUUCUAAACUCUCUUCUGAAGUGAAUACUAUUGGUGCAACAUUGUGGAUAGAGAUGGAAUCGGUAUUUUUAUUCGUUUUUUGGAACUAGUUCCUUCAAUUACUUUAUAUUUGUGGUUCCAAAAAGAAGAUACAGUGACAAAAUCACGGUAUGAACAUAUCGUCACAUCUUUAAACUCUCUUCUGGAGUGAAUAUAAUUGGUGCAACAUCGUAGAUAGAGAUGGAAUCGGUAUUUUUAUUCGUUUUUUGGAACUAGUUCCUUCAAUUAUUCAAUUACUUGAUAUUUCUAGUUCCAAAAAGAUACAGGGAUAAAAUAACGGUGUGUACACACAGACCCAUCUCUAAACUUUUUCGUGUAUCUUUUUCUGUACAAAAUCAACAUUUUUAUUAGACAGUUUGUUGUUUAAACAAACAUUUAGAUCGAAAAUAAAUUGUUUUAUGUAAACAUGUCUAUUGAAUGAGGUGUUUUAAUAGUUAGUACAAUGUUCCGAUCGGUGUUUUUUGGCCUAGGCGUUAAUAACAGAUUCAAAGUAGUUUUAUAGAAAAGAAAAAUGGGGAAAACGCACACCCACAAUACAAAUAUCUAAUAUACUUCUUUGUAUAGAACGCACAUAUAUUUUACAGAUAUUUUUAACUUCUAUCUGUGAUGAUUUGACGUGAAUUUAGUACAAAGACUCGUUUGAAACUUUUUCCAACACAAAAAAUAAUAAAUUUCAUUGUAUUUGCAAGAAAAACAAUUUUUAAACCAAAAGAAAACAAUUAACUGAACAAAACAACAAUAGAAGCUCAAACUUCUGUUUUUGUCAUUUUUUUUAGUGUACAAUAUUACAGAAGUCCACUUCACAUUAAUUGUAAUUACACAAAUUUCUUGUUCACUUACAUAUUUUGUGAAGUACAUUUUUAAAAUUUUUAUAUUUUACCACUAAUUAUGUCAAAAAUAUUUUUUGGAAUAGUAAACAACGAAGCCUCAAUUGUUCCUUCGACAUUAGUACUACAAAAGCUAUUCAAAACUCUUCUACACUUUUUUUAGUGUACAAUUUUUAUUUAAGUGUUUUUUGGUAUUUUGUGCCUUAUUUUCAAUUUAUAAAAAUAAGAAAUCAAAAUGGUAAAACAGGAUAUAACUAUGUAUAUAUUUCCAUAUAUUUAUAUUUUCGUGUAGUUUUUUAAUUUUUUUCCAUCCCAGGUGUCUAAAAAUUACUUCGUUAUCAUUUUUUUUGUAAAAUUCUUUUUUCAACUAUUAAAAAUUCUAGUUCUUAAAUAAAAACAUUUAUGAACUACCCUGUAUAGUAGAUAGCUCCUUAAAAUAAUGCAUAUAUUCUUUUUUUUUUUUAAUUUUUAAACGAAGGAAUCCUUCAUAAUUUUAUUUUAAUUCAGGUAAAUUGCUCAUGGAACCGACCCUGUUUACAAAUUAUAAAAAAUUUUGAAAACACGUUUAUUGAAACAAAAAAUACAAAAAUUCAUUUAGUGCCUGUACUAGAUUUAGCUGUCAAGUGUGUUUGGAUCAUUUCAAAGUAAUUUUCAAAGCUAUUUCUAUAUAGAGUGGCCCAAUUAUAUCCAAAUUUAAAAAACUAAUUUUUCAAUUUCAUAUCUAACGUUUUCCUUUAUUGUCAUAGACAAACUUCACUAAAAUGUAUUUUUAUUAAAUAAAAUAAUACUUUGUCAUUAAAAACCUACACAAAUAUGUCAUCAAAAAGGAAUAAAUAGAGGAGAUAAAUGAAAUAAUCAAAAUUGUAGUUGAAAAUACAAUAAAUAAGAACUUGCAGAGAGAAUAAAGUGAAAAAAGAAAUAAUAAGGAAGAAAACAAAUAGGAAGAUCAAGUAAGAAACAAAUAUAAGAACCAAAAAGAAAAUAAAGAGAAAAACCAAAAAGAUAAUCAAUGGAGGACUAAAUAAACUAGGACGAAAUAAAUGAAGGAAAACUGAAACUGAAAAGAUGAAAAGAAAAACCAAAAAGAAGAAAAAUUAAAUCUAACAUCUUUAGAUACGAGGAAUGCUUUUGACUCUGUAAAUGGAACCAAAUAGGCCCAAUAAUUUGUUAUACGUGGAUGAGAAACAAGAAAACAAAGACCAAGUGGAAAAUUAAGAGAAGAACCAAGAAGAAAACAGAGAGGGAGACCAAGAAGAUAAUGGAAAGAAACAGUUGAAGAAAAUAUAUCGAAAUAAUUGAAAUCUUGGGAGAAUAUGUGGAGUAUACGUUGGAUGAAGCUGAUGGAAAAGGAAAUCCAGAAAAGAGGAGGAUUAAAUCCACAUACUUAGAUCUGAGAAUGGCUUUUGACGCUAUAGAUAGAACCAAAUAGGCCCAAUAAUUUGUUAUACGUGGAUGAGAAACAUGAAAACAAAGACAAAAUAAAGGGGAAAACUAAGAGAAGAGCCAAAAAGAAAACAGAAAGGAAGACCAAGAAGAUAAUGGGAAGGUGAACAAAGAGGAAAACUGACAAGAUAACAGAGAGGAAGACUGAGGAGAGAACAAAGAAGACUGAGGAGAGAACAAAGACAAGGAACAAGAAGAAAAAUAUUUACUAGGUAAUUUAUAGAGGACCAGAUAGUGGGAAUAUGACGAAAUAAAUGGAAUAAAUGCAAUCUAGUAAGAGGAGAAUUGAAUCCAACAUACUUAGAUUUAAGGGAGGCUUUUGACACUAUAGAACCGCCUAGGUCCAGUCAUUUUGUUAUACGAAGAUGAUUUUAUAUUGAGCCAACAAAGAAUGUAUCGAAAGAGGAUGAACAAAGAGGGAAACGGACAAGAUAACAAAAAAGAACACAGAGGGAACAAAGAAGAGGAACGAGAAGAAAAAUAUUGACAAGUCAAUUGAUAGAGGACCAGAUAGUGGGAAUAUGACGAAAUAAAUGGAAUAAAGGCAAUGUAGAAAUGAGAAGAAUAGAAUCCAACAUACUUAGAUCUGAAGGAGGCUUUUGACACCAUAGAACCGCCUAGGUCCAGUCAUUUUGUUAUACGAAGAUGAUUUUAUAUUGAGCCAACAAAGAAUGUAUCGAAAGAGGGUGAACAAAGAGGGAAACGGACAAGAUAACAAAAAAGAACACAGAGGGAACAAAGAAGAGGAAUGAGAAGAAAAAUAUUGACAAGUCAAUUGAUAAAGGACCAGAUAAUGGGAAUAUGACGAAAUAA